AUGAAGGCCAACGGGACCCCGGUGGACUUCUCAUCCUCCGGGGAGGACAUCGGCGUCGUCGGGGGCACGACCCGUAUCUUUUCUGUCACGGGCGAGAAGGGCAAGGAGAUGGGCGGCAAGGAGAAGGGUAACAGCAGCGAUGCCGACUCGGCACAGCAGGGGGAACUCCAGCGUCAGCUAUCCGGGAGGCACCUCAACUUCAUCGCCAUCGGUGGUACCAUCGGCACCGGUUUCUUCCUGGGUACCGGCACGGCGCUGGUCAAGGCUGGGCCGGCGGGGUGCUUGAUCUCAUAUAUCUUUGUCGGGUCGGUCUUAUGGUCGGUGAUGGUUUGCUUGGGGGAGAUGGCCACCUAUAUCCCGACCGCUGGGGCUUUUUCCUCGUAUGCCACGCGGUUCGUUGACCCAAGUUUGGGUUUUGCGGUAGGGUGGUUAUACUGGUUUGGUUGGGCCAUCACUUACGCUCUAUCCCUCGUCGCCGCCGGCCUCAUCAUCCAGUACUGGAAACACGACGUCAACAUCGGCAUCCUGAUCGCCGUGUUCUGGGUCGUCUUCACCCUCAUAAACUACCUCCCUGUUGGCAUCUAUGGCGAACUCGAGAUGUGGUUGUCGAGUCUCAAGGUCAUCACCAUCGCCGGCUUCAUCAUCUUCGGCAUCUGCAUUGCCGCCGGCGCCGGCCAGGAGGGUGUGCUAGGCUUCAAAUUCUGGAGCGACCCGGGCGCCUUCAACGAAUACCUCGUGACGGGCGGGGUGGGCCAGUUCGUCGGGUUCUGGGCCGUCCUGAUCCAAGCCUCCGUCUCGUACCAGGGGGCGGAGCUGGUCGGCGUCGGCGCGGGCGAGGCGCGCGAUCCACGGAAGACGGUCCCGCAGGCGAUCCGCGUCACGUACUGGGGCAUCAUGUUCCUGUUCGUGGCCACCAUGCUGCUGAUCACCAUGGUGGUGCCGUCGUCGGACCCCAACCUGCUCAACGACUCGUCCAACGCGUCGGCGUCGCCCCUCGUCAUCGCCGCCCAGCGCGCCGGCGUCAAGGUCCUCCCGGACAUCAUCAACGCCGUGCUCCUGACGGCGGUGCUCUCGGCGGCCAACUCCAACGUCUACUCGGGCAGCCGCGUGCUGCUGGCGCUGGCCGAGGAGGGCCAGGCGCCGGCCAUCUUCAAGAAGACGAACCGGCACGGCAUCCCCGUCAUGGCGGUGGCGGGCACGGCGUCGCUGGGGCUGCUGGGGUUCCUCAACCUGUCGUCCGACGGCGGCAAGGUCUUCAACUGGCUGCUCAACAUCAGCGGCGUGGCCGGGCUGACGACCUGGGCGAGCACCUGCCUGUCGCACCUGGCCUUCAUGCGCGCGCUCAAGGCCCAGGGGAUCCCGCGCUCCGACCUGCCCUACGUGUCGCGCUUCCAGCCCUACACGGCCAUCUACGGCCUGUUCUUCAACGUCCUGAUCACCCUGACGCAGGGCUUCACCGUCUUCAUCAACUGGAACGUGAGCGACUUCUUUGCCGCCUACAUCAGCCUGAUUUUGUUUGUGGUGCUGUGGGCUGGCCACAAGCUGUGGCACCGCCAGCCGAGCGUCAACCCGGCCACGGCUGAUCUCGUCCGUGGGAGGUAUGACUUGAACGAGGAGCGGUCGGCUGCGGAUGGCGGAGUAUGA